AUGUAUGAUGACGGUAAAGUUGUGGAACCAGUUUCCACGUCUGGUACAUUUAUUCCGAGCCAUCCCGCACACCGUGUCCGUAUUCCGAGCCGGGCCCCGCCCCUCCCCGCCCCGCUCCCCGCGGAGGCCGCCGCCGCCCCGCCCGGCGCUGAGACAGCCGACCUGAGUGACGGUGCUCAGUAUUCGCUGUUGCAGACCGUCGUGGAGGCUUGCCAGAAGAAGCGCCAGUGCAAGUUCCAGACGUCGCCGCGCACCUUCGGCGGCGACCCGUGCCCCGGCGUGCGCAAGUACGUCGAGGUCGCCUACAAGUGCCGUCCGUUGCGCGUGGGCGUGGGCGUGGGCGUGGGCGGGCUGACGGAGAGUGGCCCUGUUGCAGACGAGUUCCGCAGCAAGGUGGCGUGCGAGGACGACUCCGUGACGCUCAAGUGCAACCCCAACGCGCGCAUCGCCGUCUACUCGGCCAGCUUCGGCCGCACGGAGUACGAGAGCAUCCAGUGCCCGCAGCCGCAGGGCGUGCCCGAAGAGACGUGCCUGGUGAGCUACGCCACGGAGGCGGUGAUGCGGCGCUGCCACGGGAAGCGGCGCUGCCAGCUCACCGCCGGCGCGGAGAUGUUCGGCAACCCCUGCCGGCCGCAGUCGCGCAUGUACCUCAAGGUGGUGUACACCUGCGUACCGCGAGCGGUGCUCCGGGAGCACCUGGUGGAGAGCACGGGCGAGGACGAGACGGACCUGGCCGAUGACGACGACGACGACUUCGACAUCGACGACGCGGCCGCCUUCUCGCCCUCGCCCAACGUGGAGGGCGGGCCCGGGGCGCGCACGGGCGGCGCCGCCGACGCCGACGACCGGCCCCCGGGGCGGGGCCCCGCCGCCGGCGCCGCGGGCCGCACCACCCCCGGGCCCCCGCCGCUCGCCAAGGCGUCGGGCGGCGGUGGCGCUGCCGACGUAGGAAAGUUUGGAGGGAAGUUUGGUCCAAAUACCACACCUUACCUCAACUACAAUAACUUAUUUGUCCCUCCCUCACAUCCUACGGGCCCCACAACCAUCAAAGACAUGCUGGGCGAUGAUGUCUCAGAUGAGAAAGUCCUCGAAAGUAAUGUCAACUGUACCACUGUUGUUCCCAACGAGAAUACUGAAGUGAUUGGCUUCAUAUCUGAAUGGAUAAAUGCAUACAAUUACAUUGCACAAAACCAGGAGAAAUUCUACCUGUACCUGAUUCUGAGUGUGACAGCAGGGUUAUUGCUCUUCUUGGGUCUUGUCAUUGGUCGAUUGCUGGUUCAGAGGCACAGAACAAAAAGAAAUACAAAAUUCCAUCAACCAGUACCAGAGCAGACAUUACCAAAUGGAUUUGCAGAUGACAUAAGUGAAGUAGAGGCAGAUAUUGACCUGACUACACCAGUUCCAAUGGUAGCAGUACAUUCGCCUCCUGCAAGUGUGGCAGAAGUCGUCCGAUUCAAUACUGGGACCCUGAGGAGAGGGGCUCCUGGUGAAGCAGACUCCACUGCCCCCAGGAGUUUAAAUCGCAGUGGGAACAGUCAGUAUUACUACGGCUGACAAGGGCUUCCCGGCUCUCCGAGAGCCCAGCCAGCUCCUCCACCAAGUAACGCCGGAAACACUAGUGGAGGCACGAUAUGCCCUGGUACACGUACUUAUUGUUUUUAGCAUCAAACUGUGCAGUGAGGAACAAUUGCACAUGACACUUUGAACCAAGAAUGUGCCACUUCCAUUCCCAACCUUUUUAUCUGUGAGAAGUUUGUGUUCUCCUGAACUCUCAGAGUUCAUAGUGAAUCAUUGGAUGUGGCUGAAGACAAUAGAAAAUUUACAAAUGACAGUCAAUCAGUGUGGAGUAACCAUCUAGCAUAUAUCAUGGAGAUGUGUUAAAAAUACUACAUCAGGGUCACUUGGCCACCAUAUGUUCUCUUCAUUGUUAUUGCCAACUAAUUUUUAGCAUUUCUCUAAUUUUUGUACAAACACUACGAUAGCAAUUUGUCUCUUCAUGACAAAACAAAUAUAACCUACUAUGUUUACAUUAUUAUGUUGUAUUGAUAUUAUCAACUAGUUCUGAAGAUCUAGUUUAAGUUCAGGGAAUUAUGUUGUUAAAAUUGUAUCUGAAAUGUAUGAUAAUAAUUAUACCUUAUAUUGAAUAUUAAAUAAGAUUUUAAUAAUUAUUUAUCUUGUUUGUAUUUAUAUGUAGCCUAACAUGAUAUUAUUUAAUUCAUAAUCAUCAAAGAUAUCUUGCAUCGUUAAGAACAGUAGUUUUGUCAAAGAGACCUGCUCAUAUUACUUUUAUCAUUAACCUGUUAAACAAUUAGUUGGCAUUUUUACCUGGAAGAAUUUAUGGUUGGUGCCUUGAGGUGAAUUGUUUGUACACUUAAGAGUGAAAUAUGUUACAUUAUUUAUCUUCAUUGUUAUUGGACACUACUUUUCUAGUGCUCAGUAUGUGAUCAUUAACUGAACAAUAAAUAAGAAAAGAAGUUUAUAAAAGAAGAGACUAUUUGUGUACAAUGCUACAAGCAGAAGAAAUGUGAAGAAGUAUGCAAGAAGAAAACAUUCAACAUAAAUUUACCAGUGAAGUGGAAAACAAGCAAGUGUGUCCAUACCCGUGUCACAGCUACAAAACUAGAUGUAUUGUCUUGAUUCUCUUGUACAGUGUAAUACAAAGAACAAAUUUUAAAUGCUGAAUGUGUAGAAACCAACUGACAACAUAAUUUUAGUAAAUAAUCUCUCAUGGUUUUAAACAUGGUGUUGUGUUUUGUACCUUCAGAGCCCAAAACAUAUUAUUCACAUCUUUCUCUUCUCCCGUAAGUAGUAGGCUAUUGUAGAUCAAAUUUUUUGGAAUACUAUUCUUUUGCUUUAUUUCUCACAUCCCUGACAAUAAGUUCAUUUUAUGUUCCUUUCCCUUCAUGCAAAUAUGCUCUCUCAUAUCUACUAAAGUGGAUAAUUGAAUGAACUUUUCAGCCAUGUAGAGGCCCACAGUUCUUGUUUUUUUAUUUUCAAAACAUUGUGUUUAGCACAAAAUCAAUUCCAAAUAAUAUUUAUGUCAUCUUAUCAAUGAUGUAAUGCAAAAAUUGCUAACUCUGUGAAUUUUAAGUGCAAUCAGUGGGUGAAAUCAAAAUGUUUGAAAGAAAACUUUUAUGUUCAAGUAUAAACUAAAAAUAUCAUAUAUUUUUGUACUGGAUUUGCAAAGUAGCUUCUUUUGUUGUGAUUUUUUUCUUCUUCCUCACAGAAGAGUAAUUAAGAUAGUGGCUUUCAGUUGUUUUUGAACAAUAAUUUUGCCUCUGGCUAGGGAAAUUUAGACCAAAUUUCUUCCAUAAUAAUACAAAUAAACUUUGCAUUUCUAAUUUUAACCUUUUUAAGAAUACAUAUACAUUGUUCUCUGUACUUGAGGAAGGAAUAGCCAGUUUCCUAAUAAUUUUCUUUCACCAGUUUUGUUCUAUUCCUUUAGACAUUAUUUAAAUCAACAGGGCUACAUUCCAUUUCUCUAAAAAAAUUAAAAUUUUCAAGUUUUAAAAUAAAUAGAAUAUCCUCUUAAUGCAAAUGGUGUUGAAUUAGGAGAGCUUGUCAGUCCUAAAAAAAUCUGAAUUAAUACCAGGGGGAAAUUAACAAUUUUAUAUCAAAUAACUACUAAUUGAUUGAUUUAAAUUGUGAAUAUAUGUAGUAUAAUUAGAUGAUAAAUAAAAUGGUGCCUUGGAUAGAAUAAAUGGCAAAAAUCCACUGAAAGCACCACUCCAAGAUAAUAUUUUACUUUAUCAUGCCAAGAAUUCUUGUCAUAUCUCAUCUUUCUAUUAUGAUUUUCAAUCUAUAUUUUCAUUUCUUAGUAUAUCUUUUUUUGUACCUUGCUGGUAUUCAGUUUUAUCAGUUUUUGAGAAGCCUUUCAGAACUGACCUUCUAAAUGGCUUUACCAUAAAAAUAUUUUCUUUUAAACAUUAUAUAUUCAAUUAUCUUUUAAUAGUCUGUUCUUACAUGAACAAGUUAUUAUGACCUUCAGUAUCUCCUCCGGAAUAUGUUUUCUAUAUUGUAUUCUUUGUCAGCUUGGUUUAGUACCCAUGGUAAAGAACCAGAUGCUACUGUGCUUUCUACAGCUGGUUUCUACCAGCUUUAAACAUAUGUUUCUUCUUUUAAACAUACUUGUACCCCAAAGUAGUGUGUUUAAUUUGUUUAUUAGAUGUUGACCCUUUCUGAUUUUUAAAAAAAUAUCUGCUUGUUUUGUGGCACCCUUGGUGUAAAUCACUCCUAAAUAAUUAAAUUAUUUUAAAUUUUUAACCUUAGAAAUAUGGGAGAUUAACUUUUCCCAUUCAUUGCCUACUACCAACUACUAAACUUUCUCCAUGUUUAUUUCCUAUACCCAUUUUUCAAAUUUCUUUGCAAGUUUCCUCAGAAUAUAGCUAGCAUCAUUUACACCAUCAGCAAGGACAACUUUGAAAUGUGAAUGUUUUAUUUCCAUCUGAAUUCUUAAUUUUACUCCACUUUCUUGACUACACAGUCUCAAGACAGAAGUAACAUAUGUAUAUUUUUAAGAAUGUAUGGGAGAGACAACUUGCUUGUCAUAACCCUAUGUUGAUCUUGGAAAGCUCUGAAAGAACUGCCUGAAUAGGGAUCAAUCCCCUGGCUUGUAAAAUUCAUAAAAUAAAAUUUUAAAAUCUCUUUGCCAUAUUAAUGUUUCACCCAUGUAUAUUGUUUUCCCUCAUUGCCAGACAAAUUUUCCAUUGGUCCACAGUUGUAUAUGUUUGAAAGGUCUACAGUACAAUUAAGGAGAUGCAAUGGGCACCCAGG